AUGGCCAAAUCCUCGCGGCGAUCCGGUCGCACCAAAACGCCCACUUCAUCAGGCACCUCAACUCCAAAUUCAGCUUCGGCGGGUCCUAUCCCACCCUUUAUCAAGGUCCCGGAGGCCUUGACGUCGUUCGUCGAACCGUUGUCCCCCAACGAAGUCUAUCUCGUCCAUAUCGAUAUCACAGCUGAAGAGCUGAAACGACAAACCUUCACCGUACCCUUGCUUGUCAACCUCAUAGUUGGCGCCAUUAUCGGAUGGAGGGUCUACACCGGCAUCAGCACAUACCCAGCCCUCGUGGCCACGCUGAUCGGACUACAAAGUACCAUGACGGUGGACACGGCCGCCAUCCCAUGGACCGAAGCGGCCCAAAUCGUCGCGUUGCGCACGGGAACUCUGGCCCUCGACUAUCUGCUCGUGACCGUCUUCCUGUCAUGGCCAAUUAAUUUCAUUCUGGGGCCCGUGCGCUGGCGCCGCGCGGUCGGAUUCCGCGAGCGCGAGGUCAUCGUCCGACGCAGCCACCCCAGUUGGAGCAAGACGCUCGAGCGCAACAAGUGGAUUCGCGAGGACGAAGCGCGUCGCGAUAAGAUCGUUGCCGCCGUGACCCCGGAGCGUGUGGGCAAGACGGGCUAUCUGCUCAUGGACGAGGAUUGGAACCUUGACUAUGCGGCGAUGAUCCACGCGCACGCUCUUGUUGAUCGCACGCGGAAGGGAGAUGGGGUGCAGCUGGACGAGUUCCGCACGGCGGUAUUGGUUAACACGGACGCUGAUGGAUGGCUGAUCUGGCGGGUUGGAGAUGAAAAUACUCCCACCGGUCAGAAACGCUCUGCUCAGCGGGAACAAAUGAUUGCGUUUAAGGAAAAAUUGACAGAAAUGGGUAAGGAGGAUCUGUUCCUCCGCUGGGUAGAGCUGAUUCAAUGGGAGAGCUCACAGCCCGGUGGCUUCACCCCCGAGCGACAGCGCUCUGCAAUGUUUCAGGCAAAGCAGAUGUUUGAAGAUGAGAAUGUGGAUUUCAAUCGUUUCUGGGACGAGAUGGGCGGCAUGAGGCAACUAGAUUAG